AUACGUUUUACCCAAAUAUGUUGCAUUUAAAGGUGACAAUGGAAGUUACAUUCAGGCAUGUUGGUUUCAAGGCCUUCCAUAUCUCCAAUUCUCGCUAAUGAUAUUGGAGACCCAAAAGUGGGAAAUGAAGUUUCAACAACAAAUGAUGGAAAUGUUCGUAUUAAGUCUAAUCACUUUGGAAAAUUAUGGAGACGGAGUCCAAAUUGGAUUUGGGCAGAUUUAAAUGACACCACUGGAAAUAACAAAGAUACAUUAUUUUGGCCUGUAAAAGUUGAUAACAAGUUUGUGGCGCUUCGUAAUUUGGGUAACAAUUAUUUUUGUAAGAGGCUCACAACAGAGGGUAAGACAAAUUGUCUUAAUGCUGGUGUCCCCACCAUCACUAAGGAAGCACGCUUGGAGAUACAAGAGUUGGUUCUUUCCAGAAGCAUCUAUAAUGUCAUAUUUCAUCUUUUGAAUGCACGAAUUUAUGGACAACAUGUCAUCACCAUGGCCAAUGGAGAUGCUAGCAAUAAUUCCAGUAAAGAAAACACUAUAGAUAUGAAGCUUUGUUACACGAUUUUUGAGAGUAAUAGAUGGUCUUCCACUGUUUCUGCUAAACUCUGUGUACAGACAACAGUUCAAACGGGUAUUCCACUAAUUGCAGAGAGAAAAAUUGAAAUGUCUGCGGAGUUUUCUGGUGAAUAUACAUGGAGAGAAACUAAAUCAAAAUCAUCUGAGAUAGAGACUGUUUACACGGUAACUGUGCCACCCAUGUCUAGGGUGAGAGUGAGUCUACUCGCAACAAAAGGUCAAUGCGAUGUCCCAUAUUCGUAUACUCAACGUGACACUCUUAUGAAUGGGGACCAAGUGACUAAUUAUUACGAUGAUGGAAUUUAUACUGCCGUCAAUUGCUACAACUUCAAAUAUGAGACUAAGCAAUAGCUGCUGUAAGGUGUUUGCUUUGCACGGGUAUAAGUAUUUGGGUUGACACGAAUCAUUCUCUCUUAAUUAUAAUCUAAGAGGUUGACUUUAAAUAAGGUUAUG